AUGGCUUCAACUACAUCAUUGGCCGAAACACCCCAGAUGCUCACACAACAAGGCGGAAUGGACAACCUGACUUUUACCCAUGGGUAUGUUCACGGCCAUGUACAUCGCCACAACGACUUUAUGCAUAUUCAUGGGCAUAUUCACAACCACGACCACACCAACCAGCUAAGUUCUGCGGAUUCGAAACCAGCAGGAGAAUCCUCUGCCGAAUGCCACGAGUUUGAUGAAAUAUGCAGAGAUAUAUUUUGCGAAGAUUUGGAUGACUGCUAUUUCGAAGAUUGUAUCUCUCAAUGUCACGAAGCAUCAUGUGCUGACGAUAGUUGCAUUGCUCGUUGUGAAGAUGUGAGUGCUGACUGUUGCGAAGACGCGAGCGCCGACUGUUGCAACGACCCACAGUGUCUCGAGUCUGGUUCUAUUGAUUGUUCUGCCGAAUGUUCAGCGCUAAGAGAACAUGAGAACAGUUUGUGUGAAUCUCAAAAGUCCAACAUGGAGCUUUUCGAGAAUCUUUUACAGAAUGUGCAGAAAAAUGUUGAGCAGCUGUUUCAAGAUAAGGAUCAGGGCAUUUUCCAACAAAAGAAUCAUACUGACUACGGAAAUAUCCAACUGAUGGAAAUACUGGAGCCCGAUGCCAAGAAACGAAAAGUAACAGACCAAAAGCUUGAGAUACAUUUUCCACAUCCAUGUCAUUCAGCACCAGCGAGCGAAGGGAAUGAGCUUUCUUCAAAGACUUCCCUGGAGACUUGGCCUAUCCAGACUAGCAAGCACCACACACAUCAAACAUGCUUCCAUGCCAAAGUACCUAGUUCCACUGUAGACCAGACGGCGCAUGAUCUUGACACGGAAACAUCUAAGCAACUCAAAUCCGACUUUGACUUCUUUAUCCAGUUUGACAACUUCAACCCACUUAAUCUCAACAAUCAAGAUUUUUCAGCUCAACCCUUUUUCAAUAACCAUUUUGAAGACCCCGGCGCAUCAGCUACCUACCCUUGUCAAUGGGAAAAAUGCCAGACAAAGGUGGACGAUUCACAUUUAGUGCAACACUUGGUGAAUGCUCACAUUAAGGACGAGUACGGUCUUUCCAGUGGAAACUCUUUAGGACAGCCCCCUUUUGAAUGCGAAUGGAGCAAUUGUAACUUUGUCGAUGAAGACUAUUCUGCAUUCUUGGGCCAUUUGAAUACACAUAAAUGUGAUCCUCCUAGGGUCGAGCUCAAAGACAGUAUCAUGCCUACCGACAAGGAUGUUUCAGCAUUACUAACACCGAACUCAGCUUCUGAACUUACCGACUCUCCUAAGAAGGAAGUGAACGAGACCCUGCUAAAUGGGUUAAACAUCACAUCCAUGAAAAUAUGCUCGAAAUCAAAUUCGUCAGAUGAACUUACAGAUCCGAAUUUUACGUGCAAGUGGGCCGUGGCAACUGAUGAGACCGGCUUUCCUAUAGUAUGCGGAAAGACCCACAAGAGCGAAGGCGAACUACAGCACCAUCUUCAAGAUGAUCACAUUGGACUGGGAAGAUCAGUGUAUCAUUGUUGUUGGGUAGGGUGCGAGCGCCACCAAGGAAAACCAUUCAUCCAAAGGCAGAAACUCUAUCGACAUAUUCACAUCCACACGCAUUACAAGCCUUGCAAAUGUUCCGUUUGUGGGGCCUGUUUUGCUGUCGAAGCAAUUCUCAAGCAACACAUGCGUAUUCAUUCAGGCGAAAAACCGUUCGUGUGUGACACUUGCGGAAAACGGUUCUCGACGAGCUCCUCUCUUUCCAUACAUAAUAGGGUCCAUUCAGGUGAAAAACCUCUACAAUGCACCUGGCCAGGGUGCAAAAAGCGAUUUAGCGAGAGCUCGAACUUGGCAAAACAUUUGCGCUUGCACAUGAAAAAAUUCACAUGUGAAACUUGUGGCGAGGUAUUUGACAAGCGGACCGAAUAUACAAAGCAUAAAAAGCUUCACUGA